AUGAAAACACACUACCUAAAAACCACUCCCUUCUUCUUCCUCCUGCUCGUCCUCCUUCUAAUAACCGCCACUAAUAGAUGUAGCUCUCUAUCACUCUCGGAGGAUCCUCUGGUUCAUGAUGAAGCCUUCAUUCAACUCAUUAACAAGUACGCAAAAACAUGGCAAGCAGGUAAAAGUAAAUUCUUUGAGGGUAAACGUUUGAGUCAUGCUAGAAGACUCAUUGGUGUUGGUUUACCAACUCCCGAGCAACGAGAACGUCUUUCCAAAAAGGAUUUGAUGGAAUCUUCUUCUUCUUUGGAAAAGUAUUUGGUCAAGAUGGAUGCUUUACCUGAUGCUUAUAAUGCUGCUAAUGAUUCUAAUUAUGCCAUGUGCCAACAAUUGCAUAGAAUUAGAAAUCAAGAACAAUGUGGUUCUUGUUGGGCAUUCUCAAUUUCUGAGAUGGUUGCUGAUCGUUUUUGUAUUGGAACGGGAGGUAAAAUUAAUACCAUCAUGUCACCACAAUGGAUGGUGAGCUGUGAUACUGCUGACAAUGGAUGCAAUGGUGGAGAAUUCCCAUCUGCUUUCCAAUUUGUUGAAACCACUGGUUUGGUUUCUGAUGGAUGCGUUCCAUAUCAGUCUGGAAAUGGAUUUGUUCCACCAUGUCCAAAUAGUUGCGUCAAUGGCGAAGAUAUUAAUACGAGAUAUAGAACAAAGAAUUCUCGAAAUUUUGAUGUCAGUGAUAUGAAAUCAGUUCAAGCUAGCAUACUUGCUAAAGGACCAGUGAUCUCAGGAUUUAAGGUUUAUCGUGAUUUUUAUAACUAUCGAUCUGGAGUGUACAAACACGUUGCAGGAGGUCUUGUUGGUGGUCAUGCAAUCAAGGUUGUGGGUUGGGGUGUUACUCAAUCGAAUUUACCAUAUUGGAUUGUUGCCAACAGUUGGUCUGAAGAAUGGGGAAUGAAUGGAUACUUUUGGAUUUUGAGAGGAACCAACGAAUGCUCAAUUGAAGAAAACAUGUGGGAGACUCAAAUCAAUGUUUGA